UGCUGUCUUCAUGAAACCUUUAGUUCGGCAAAUCCUCAACUUUGGGAAUUGCAGCAAUCAUCUCUCUCUCUCUCUCUCUCUCUCUCUCUCUCUCUUCCCUUUCUCUCUCCUUCUGAGAUCUGAAACCUCCGAAAGCUGAUAUCCAAUAGCCGAGAAUGGAUAUCCCAAGAGACCCCAAUUCCAAUAAUCCAAUCCGAUGAAAUAAACGGAAUCGAGUCUCGAAUUUCAAAUUCUCCAUUACGAAGCGGAAAGCCCCAAGGCUCCCGACCUUUUUAAAUCUUUUCUUCUUCCCUUAAAUGAGCAACCGAACAACAACAACCCAGGUACGUCUCUCAUGGCGUCUCUCACUCCAGGCGUUCUUUUGAAGCUACUCCAACACGCCAGUGAUAGAAAUGCCAAGGUCACCGGUGAGCACCGUUCCGCCCUUUUGCAGGUGCUAGAGAUUAUCCCUGCUCUUGCAUCCGGCGAUGAUCCCUGGAAGAGUACAGGGUUCUUCCUGAAGGUCUCUGAUUCUUUGCAUUCAGCUUACGUUUCUAUUUCCGAUGAAGACUUGGAUUUGAUCUUCAGCGACAAGAUCCAACUGGGUCAGUUUCUUUAUGUCUCUAGACUCGACCCGGCCUCCCCUGUUCAUGUGCUUCGUGGUGUUAAGCCUGUUCCCAAGAGACGGCCUUGCGUUGGUAACCCAACUGAAUUGGUCUCCAGCGACUUGUUAUCGAUUCGAGCCAAUGUUGAUUUCUCGGCGGGGUUUCAGGGUUCGGAAAAAGUAAGGAAAUCCCCAAAUGUUGAUUUCUCGGCGAGGUCUCAGAGUGCGGACAAAGUAAGGAAAUCCCCAAAUGUUGAUUUCUCGGCGAGGUCUCAGAGUGCGGAGAAAGUAAGGAACUCCGCCAAGAAAGAUGGAUUGAAGAAGACGAAGGUGAGGAGGUCGUCAGAAGUUGGAUACAACUCCAAGUCGAGACAAGAUUCGUUGGGGAGUAAUGCGAAGGUGGAGGACCUGGAGUUGGCGAGACUCAGCUUGGAUUCGAUGCGUAGGGGAUGGGACCAGAGCCCUGGAUCCAAGAAUGCCAACGGCGUACGUUCCCUGUCGAAUCUCAAACCCAAGGACUCCACUAGUUUCUCGGAUACAGCUUCUGUCCUUUCUGAUAAGAAGGCUUCUUCUAGUAGCAAAUCAGUUUUGAAGCAUCGAAGUUUGAAUAACUCACCACCACCAGAUGAAUAUAAUAGAUUGACAUUGAAAAUACCAAGGGGACCAUUAAAAAGAGACCUCAAGUCUAAGGAGGGAAAUAGUCCAUCCAGUCUUAUUAAGGUUCCUGUUAGCUCUAAAAGUUUGUCUGAUCAAGACAUUUUGUGGGAGUCACUGCCAUCUGGCAUGCAUUCUCUUGGAAAGGAUACUUUGCGUUGUAGAAAUGCUGCAUUUGUUGCUGCAGCAGAUGCAUUACAAGAAGCCUCGGCUGUGGAAUGUGUCAUCCGAUGCAUGAGCAUGUUUUCAGAACUGUGUGAACCCAACCUGCAAGAUUCUCCAGGGCUAUUAGUUGAACGAUUUCUGGACCUCCAUCAGAACAUUCAGCAGGCAUCAACUGUUGUUCAUGCCUUACUGGCAACGAAAUCACCAGAAGGGAAAACCAGUUCUAGUGGUGGACAGCUUGCAGUAACAGAAGCCUGCAAAAACUCAACUACUGUUAAGGCUGUGGAUGCUACAUCAUGGGUCCAGGCUGCUUUGGAUACCGAUCUUUCCAAAUUCUCUGUGUUUGUCAAGCAGGAUAGAAAAGAAACUCCACAAAACGAGAAACGUUAUUAUAUUGUCUUGGAAAAUUCUAACUCUGCCCCAACUAAAGAUGUCAAACAGAAGAGCCCUUCACCUCAGAACAAACAAAGCCCCAAAAUUCAGGGAAGCUUCUCUGAUUUGAGCACCAAGAAGGUUCCUUCUAGAAGGAGGGUUGUGGUUCCUGGAGCAAAGAAGACAAAUGUUGAGAAGGGGAAAUGGUCACAAGGAAGUGGCUUGAAGGAGACAGCAUCUCUAGCAAAGCAGCUGCUCUUGUUAUCUCGUGGUUGGUUCUUAAAAUACCUGGAGGAUUCAUUGAGCAGUGGUUUUGGAUUAAAACGAGGGGAAGGAGAUGAUGGGAUCACAGUUCUCCUUGGGCAGCUUAAAAGGGUAAAUCAAUGGUUGGAAGAUGCAGUUGGUGAUGACAUCGAAGUUAAUGAGAGAACAGAAAACUUGAAAAAGAAACUGUAUGGAUUUCUGUUAGAACAUGUUGAUGCCUGUGUGCUUCCUAGUAGAUAGGGAAUGUGCUGAAGAAUGUCACACGAGAAGUUUUUCUUUGGAGAAUACAUACAUAUAUAUGCCUACUUGGAUACCUGGAUUUUUUGGGAUGAGGGUGGAGCCUUGUCAUUGGUGGGUUAAAGCUGUUCAUUAGCAGUGCAUUAUUUUUCGUUUUUUACUGUUACCUUUGCCUGAUCAUUACUAACCCAAAAGGAUAUAAUCAGGGAAACUAUGAGAGUCCCUUUCUUGUAUUCCCUUUGACUAUUGAAGUGUACAGUUGAGAGCUAAAUUAAGCUGUUUUCAAUGAAAUUUUCUUACUGCUCCUUUAAAA